GGAGCGGACCGUUAGCCGCGGCGCGCCAUGGAGCGGCAGUGCGCCGCCCGCAGCCUGGACGGCAUCGACCUGGCCGCGCUGCGGGACCCUGCGGGAAUAUUUGAACUGGUGCAGGUUGUUGGCAAUGGGACGUAUGGACAAGUCUAUAAGGGCCGCCAUGUUAAGACUGGGCAACUAGCUGCAAUCAAAGUGAUGAAUGUUACUGAGAAUGAAGAGGAGGAAAUCAAGUUGGAGAUAAAUAUGCUAAAAAAAUAUUCCCAUCAUCGGAAUAUUGCUACAUAUUAUGGUGCGUUUGUAAAGAAGAGUCCUGCAGGCCAAGAUGAUCAGCUCUGGCUGGUGAUGGAGUACUGUGGUGCUGGCUCUGUCACUGAUCUGGUGAAAAAGACAAAAGGGAACUGUUUUAAGGAAGACUGGAUUGCAUACAUCUGCAGAGAGGUUCUCAGGGGCUUGGCACACCUUCACGCUCAUCAUGUCAUCCAUCGAGAUAUUAAAGGACAGAAUGUUCUUCUCACAGAAAAUGCAGAAGUAAAACUGGUGGAUUUUGGUGUAAGCGCCCAACUGGAUAGAACCAUUGGGAGAAGAAACACUUUUAUUGGAACACCAUAUUGGAUGGCACCUGAAGUCAUUGCCUGUGAGGAGAACCCAGAUUCUACCUAUGAUUACAGAAGUGACCUCUGGUCUUUGGGAAUCACUGCUAUUGAAAUGGCUGAAGGAGCUCCUCCCCUGUGUGACAUGCACCCAAUGAGAGCACUCUUCCUCAUCCCGCGGAACCCGCCCCCAAAGCUGAAAUCCAGAAAAUGGUCAAAGAAAUUCCUUAAUUUUGUUGAAAGCUGCCUUGUAAAAAAUUAUUUGCAUCGUCCGUCCACUGAAACCUUGCUUAAGCACUCUUUUAUCCGAGACAUGCAGAAUGAACGGCAAGUGCGCAUCAUGCUGAAAGACCACCUGGAUAGGACCAGGAAGAAGAAAGGAGAAAAGGAGGAAACAGACUAUGAUUACAGUGGAAGUGAGGAGGAAGACGAUGAGCUGAAUGAAGAUGAAGGAGAACCAAGCUCCAUAGUAAAUCUCCCUGGGGAGUCAACUCUCCGCCGUGAGUUUCUGAGGCUGCAGCAGGAGAACAAAAACCGUUCUGACCCUCAACGCCAGCAGCAGCAGCUGAAGGACCAGGAGAAAUACAAGAAGCAGCUGCUGACAGAGCGGCAGAAACGCAUCGAGCAGCAGAAAGAGCAGAGGAGGAGGCUGGAGGAUCAUCAGAGGCGAGAGCAAGAGCUCCGAAGGCAGCAGGAGUGCGAGCAGAGGUGGGCUGAGGCUAAGGAUGCUCAGAGGAGAGAGGAGAGGUGUAAGGAAGACAAAAGGGCCGUGGAAGAUGAUGAACGGUUCAUAGCAGAUGGGCAGAGGAAACCAGAAAAGAAGCAGAAAAAGGUGGAAGAGGUGCAGCACAACAGGAAGGGGCAUCGAACUCUCCCCAAAGAUCAGACACAGCUGCUGUCUCUCCAGCAUGACCACAAGCAGAAGAAGAAGGAGCCUUCCAAGAGUUCAAAUUCAGCAGCACAUCUUCCAUCAAGCAACACAACCAAAGAGGCCGAGGACCGAAGAAAGAGAAGUGAUGGCAUCCAGCCUGCCCUGCAGUGGCCUGCGGCGCUGGGGCACGAUGCCAUGCCUCAGGCGAGGGUGGGCUCUGGCAGCAGCUCCAGCCCCUGCACCCCUGCGCUGCAGAGAGCCGUCUUAGUGCAGUGUGACAAUUUCCAGGCCAGUAGAGAUGUGUACCACAGCAGCUCGCUGUCAGACAUGGUGACCACACUGGUCGGCCUUGGACAGGAUGACGUAUUCUGGAGUGGGAGUCAGAGUGGAGAACAGCCCCCAAAGGUUCCAGAAAGGACAACCUCCAAAUUUUACAGCAGGGAUCAACCUGGCCAACAGAGAAGCCAUUCAAGUAACAGCCAUCAGCUGUCCCCUGGGGGACAGGCUCUGAAGGUCAACAGCAGCAGCAGCACUGCUGGCAGCACACCAUGGGAAAUGGCAUCUCAUCAGAACAGCCGACCCACCUCAGGGAAUCCAGGACCUGCCAAGGGAGAGAAUGCUUUGUCACAGAACCACUUGCAGCUGCAUAAGAAGCCUGAACAAGUUUCUCAUCCGGGCCAGAUGGCAAGCCCAUGUUCCUUUGCCAAGGGGAAGGACAGUGCCAAUUUGUUCCUGAAAGCAGCAGACUAUUCCUCGUCAAGUGACGAAGCCAGCAGCAGUGACGAAGACGACACGAACCACGCCAGGCAACUGCUGAGCAGCAGAGUGGCAGAUUUCUCAAGGACGGCAGUACCAGAUGGGAUUGAACUGAAACCCCAAAGCACCGUCGCAGAACAGAAGGAUCAGGUUUUAGGGAAACAAAUUUCAAGCACCCAAGAAGGCCUCUGGAGCAUAAACAACCAGAACUAUCUCCUGCCAGAUCUCCUCCAGCAAAGCCAAAUUUCAAACGCUGCCGUGAACCCACCAAAAGUGCCACUGACUAACCAGGAACCUCAGAACAAAUCUCUGAGUAAGACCCCAUCCACUGAAAGUACACCUUCAAAGAGCAGCACAUCAUCUACAACAUCCUUCACGUCAUUCAUAGAUCCUCGACUUCUGCCAAUCACCCCUCCUACCAGUCCGGUAGGACCUCCCUGUAGUUCUUCAUCGAGUGCAAAACCCGAGCCUGUCAGGAGAGAGAAUGCAAGGAAGGGUUCUGUUGUCAAUGUUAACCCAACAAAUAUCCGCCCACAGAGCGACAGUCCAGAAAUUCGUAAAUACAAGAAGAAGUUCAACUCAGAGGUCCUUUGUGCUGCUUUGUGGGGAGUAAAUCUACUGGUGGGGACAGAAAACGGAUUGUGGCUUCUGGACAGAAGUGGGCAAGGAAGAGUUUAUUCACUGAUUACAAGGAGAAGAUUCCAGCAAAUGGAUGUUCUGGAAGGACUCAAUGUGCUAAUUACUAUAUCGGGGAAGAAGAAUAAGUUGAGAGUGUAUUACCUGUCAUGGCUGAGAAAUAAGAUUCUGCGCAAUGAUCCAGAGGUGGAGAAGCGACAAGGCUGGGUGUCUGUGGGUGACCUGGAAGGCUGUGUACACUACAAAGUUGGUGAGGUCAUUUUUUGUUCUUUCCUUGGAGAGCUGCUUAAUCAUCCCUUUGCAUCCCAUGCCACUGGUGUUUUUCUUCAGCUGUGUUUCAAAACUGCAUUAGGCUGACUUCUUUUAAACCUC